UGCUCUCCCCUGCCACCCACCUCCCAGCUCCUCUCCCUGUAACACUAUGGUCAACCACAGAUCUGGGAAGAGCGGCAGAAUUCAAAAGUGAGAGGGUAACAUGCUGGAGCCAGGAGUUCAACUUACAAUGAUAGAAAAGCAAAUCAGCCAGGGAGCUGGGGCAAGGGAACAGCUAGGGAGAGCUCCUGGCCUCCUGAGGUAGACACCUACCUAGAGAAGUAAUCCUUGUUCUGAGGCAGCACUGCCUGGAGAAGCUGCGUGUGUCUGGAGCUGGGCUGAAGCUGAGGGUCUGGCUCUGUAAGCGGCGGAGGUGAAAUCCGGAAUUAGGGGUGAAGCGAAGCUCAGCAGCUGUUUGUUCUGGCCCCUGUAAGGAACCAAUGUGAUCCAAAUGGCCCUAUCACACUGUGGCCCCCAAACUCUAGCUCAGUCCUAGAGGCCCCAGAAUGGGGAACAGGCUCACAUUCAACAGCAUUCCUAGCUGGAUUAGGCUUUCAUUGUAAGUCACACUUGGCACUGUGUGCAAAAGGGAAUUAGAAAGGAGGAGCUGAGAGAAACGGGAAAGUUGCUUUUCUGACUCCUGCACAAAAAAUACUAAUCCUCAAGAAUAGAGCACUAUCCUCAGAACAAGGACAGGAUUAUACUACUUCAAAAGUUACAGAAUAUUAAGAGAUUACUAUCCUGAUGACCCGUGUCACCGACAAAGACACUGAGGCCCAGUGAUUCAAGUGAUCUUUCCAAAACCACAGAGCUAAUUAUUGUCAGUCUAAAUCAAAGCUCAAGUCUAGUGCUUCUCCAUCCAUCCACUCUUCAUGGAUACCAUACGUCUUCAGAGGAUAUCUGAGAUUUUCAUGGAUAUGGAGAAAAUACCACAGCACGUCAGGUUUUUAGAUAACUGAUGACAGGAGAAAGAUCAGCCUGGCUGUCAUCUGGUUCUUCCACACUGUGUUCUUGGGCAGACGUCGCCUAGCUGGCAAGAUACGGCCUCACACAGACCAAACCUGAACUCUGAACCUCGUGGAGGCAACAAAGAUAGGAAAUCAGUGCCGGCAACUCUUGGAUCACAUGUUCCAUGAGUCUAAAAUAUAUGCAUCCAGUGUCCAGGGAGUGUGCGAAAUUUGUCAGAAGUGGCACUUUAUUGUAAGCAGACACCAGCGCUAAUGCUGCAGGCCCGCUGCUGCCUGAAUCAGAAGGGCAUCAUCUUGGGACUGGAUCUCCAGAACUGUUCUCUGAAGGACCCUGGUCCAAAUUUUCCUCAGGCACAUACUGCUGUUAUCAUAGACCUGCAAGCAAACCCCCUCAAGGAUGACUUGGCCAACAUUUUCCAUGGCUUUACCCAGCUCCAGACUCUGAUACUGCCACAAGAUGUCAGCUGUCCUGGAGGUAUUAAUGCCUGGGAUACUGUCACCUUUUAUAUAAACAACCAAACCUGUCACGGACAAAGGAACCUUUGCAACAGCACAGGGGACCAAGAAAUGUGUCCUGAGAAUGGAUCCUGUGUACCUGAUGGCCCAGGUCUCUUGCAAUGUGUCUGUGCUGACGGCUUCCAUGGCUACAAAUGUAUGCGCCAGGGCUCCUUCUCACUGCUUAUGUUCUUCGGUAUUCUGGGAUCCACUACGUUGUCCAUCUCCAUUCUGCUUUGGGGGACCCAACGCCGAAAAGCCAAGGCUUCGUGAACUGCAUAGGUCCUCCUACUGACUGAAAGAUUAUCUUGAUCUAACUUAGCCCAGCCAGGGAGGCAGGCAUGGAUGGCCAGCAGGUCCUCAAGGAUGAAGCUGCCAUUUGGCAGGAAGAUGGGAAGUUGUAUAGAUUUGGGGUGUAGUGGAUACUGUAGUCUAGGAGUGGACAAGUACCAGUGCCCCAUUUGUGCUUGACUAUAAUAAACAUCUUUACUUGUUC